CAAUAACAAAAGUAUCAUCGGGCAAUGCAGAGUGGGCGUAAACUGUGUGAAACAGAAGAAUGCACCCUCGUCGCCUAGUUAUGUAAACAAUCGAUUCGCGUCAGAGGCAGCUGCUAUUUUUGUUUGUAUCGUAGCAACAGCAGCACGUUGACAUUUCGAAAAAUGUUGAACCGCAUGAAGAACAUUAACAGCGAGCAGGAGGCGAAAUUCAUUCAAGACAGGAUUGCCUCAGUGGAAAGGAAUGUCGCUUGUCUCAGCCAAGGGUUCGGCGCGUAUUCGCGAAAGGCCGCCCGUCUCCGCGAUAAAAACGACGAACUGGCCAACGCGGUUCUAGCGUACUCCGAAUCCGAAGACAUCAACAAGAGUCUGAGUCAAGGGUUGUCCAAGUUUUCGGAUAUUCUGAGCGCAGCAGGAGGAUACGGCGAUAAGCGCGUCCAGAACAUAGAAACGAAGAUCGUGGCGGAGCUGGCGCAGUACGAGGGCAUCUGCAAGAAUGCCAAGGAUGAGGUCAAACAGAUCUUCGUGGUGAGGGACAAGGAGGUGGCGCGAAAGAAGGCGCUGGAUAAGGUGCGCGAUAAGAACCCGAGGAAUCGACAACAGAUCGUGCAAGCGGAAACUGAGCUAGUGCAAGCGACUUCGGAAGUCAUCAAGACCAUGCACGGUUUGGAGGAGGAAAUCACAACGUUCGAGCGGCAAAAAUUGCACGACGUCAAGGCAAUCCUGUUGGAUUUCGUUUCCACCGAGCUCGGGUACCACGCGAAAGUCUUAGAACUGCUCACCGAAGCCUACAACGAGAUCUAUAGGAUCGACGAGCAAUCUGAUCUAGAGGACUUUCUUAAAAUAACCGGAGAAAUGGAAUCGGAGUUCAAGAAGUCUUUGCGUUUACCUGACACGAUCCCGCAUUCCGGCAAAAAGAGCCACCGCAACCGCUCUUUGGGUUCUCUCAGCUCGAUCUUCUCAACGCCUAGAAAGAAAUCCGCUGGUAUUAAUGGUCAACAAAGUCUAGCAUCGAAAAGGCAUUUGUCAAGGAGCGAGAAUGAGGUGAACAGGGAGGAUUCGGAAAGCGAUUCAGUGGAGAGCGAAGAGGACGAGGAUCCGUUCAUCGCCAAGCAAUACACGAAAUAGUCUUUAUC